GCCAGUCCUAUUUAAGUAGUCUUGACACAAGACUCUACACACGCUCGAGGUAUUCACGUAUAUAGACUAUUUGAGGCGCAUCAUCACGCCAGUGCUUCGUACCAUUGGCCAGUUCAUGUCCCAACUAUCCCAGCUGGUUAGCCUUAUAGCCAAUGCGACCAAACUGGUCGAGACGCACGCUAAUGCCACCAAUACCGAUCUCUCGUUAGAUAGUUUAGAACCUCCCUCAGAUACGUUCUACACACCUGUUGUGGAGGAAGCCAUUCGAAUUAUCGAAGGAGCCUGUAAUCAGCUCUGUGCGAUCGUUGCUAAUCCUAGCCAUACAGUCGUCAAUAAAGCCUUCGCUCACUUUGAACCAGCCUGCAUUCGCGUCGUCGCCUCGCUCCGUAUCCCGGAUCUCCUCUUCGAUAAACCUCAAGGUCUGCACGCCUCGGAUAUCGUGAAACAUGUUUCUUCGCAGCAGGGAAUUGCGGUUGAUCAGGGGAAGUUGGCGAGGGUUAUGCGACUUUUAGCGACGAAACAUUGUUUUCGAGAAGUGGAGAAUGAUGUGUUUGCGAAUAAUCGCCUCAGCAUACAGUUAUUGAGUUACGCCGGACUAGCUGAUUCGGCUCUACAUAUUACCGACGAGCUUGCGAAAGCCGCUUCAGUGCUGACUGAAACUCUGACUGAUUCGGAGAUGGGGUUAUCGUAUUCACCGAACAAAACGCCUUUCAAUAAGUCGACAGGCUACCCUGGCACUAUUUUUGAAUACUACGAGGGACUGAACACCGAAACUGGUCGAGUCCAGGGUCUUCGUUUCCACCGGUCCAUGCCUGGAUGGAGUAGAGCAGUUGGAGCAACUUGCGUUGCGACCAGAUAUCCAUGGGAGAAACUACCACCGGGUUCCAUCAUCAAUGAUGUCGGGGGAGGGAUUGGUGUUAUUGCCAUGCAACUCUAUAAGGUUCAUCCUCACCUCCAAUAUGUUCUUCAAGAUCGCCCACCGGUUAUUGCCACGGCUGAGCUGGAGUACUGGCCUAGUCACGCUCCUGAAGCGAUCCGAGAUAGUAAAAUCCAAUUCAAAGCGGUUGACUUUUUCUCAGAACCUCUCGUUAGGGGGUAUGUUUACUACAUGAAAGGUGUCAUUCACGACUGGGCUGAUGAAGAUGCCCUCAAGAUUUCGUCCAACGUCAAAGCAGUAAUGAAGCCAACCAGUCGGAUUCUUGUUCACGACUACGUAUUACAACACACCACCCGAAAAAAUGUCAAUUCCGUAUUGAAAAUCGCUCCGGAACCUCUCUUACCCAACUACGGCGCUGGUCGUAUAAAGGUGUACAAUUUGGAUUUGAACAUGAUGUGCGUGAUGAACAGUCUUGAGCGAUACCAAGAGGACUUCGCUUCGCUAGGGGAGAAAGCUGGAUUGAAGAUUCUUCAAAUUUACGAGUGCGGGGAUGCUAAUCUCGUGGAAUAUGUACUGCAGGCUGCGGUGCCCUUUACAAAUGGUGGAGGGGUGUAGGUGAUGUCGUGCUAACAACGUCGGCGUGAUACCAUGAUGUUUUCGUCGAAAUUCUUUUUGAAAGUUGAAGCGCUGACAUGUCGACUGGGAUGAUUGUUUGAGAGAACUCUGGGUAUCAUCAUUGUGACCGUCAAAUAAGCUCUCGGACUUUUUGAUGAGCAUUCGGAAUAACGGGACUCAUCUGUCAAGGUUUUCUGCUAGGUGACAGGGAGCAGGGGAAGAACUCGUGGCAUUUGUACCGGCUCUCUUUCACGAAACGAUACUCCUACGAACAUGAAUGGCUCGAAUAUCAUCAUGCCUUUUGACAUCGGUAGGUAAGUGGG